AAGGGAGUGAUUUGAAGCUGCAUUUAGUUGCACAAAGAAACAACAUAGAUAUAAUAAGCACCUCCCCAUAAGCAAACCACAAAGGAAAGCUUGGAGAGAGACCCAAAAACAAUGUCUAAGGAAGUGAGUGAAGAAGGACAGGGUCGUAAGGACUAUGUGGACCCUCCACCGGCACCUCUGAUUGACAUGGCUGAACUCAAGUCAUGGUCUUUUUACAGAGCCCUCAUAGCUGAGUUCAUAGCCACUCUCCUCUUCCUCUAUGUCACUGUUGCUACUGUAAUUGGUCACAAGAAACAACAAGAUGCAUGUGAUGGUGUUGGUCUCUUGGGUAUUGCAUGGGCUUUCGGUGGCAUGAUCUUUAUCCUUGUUUACUGCACUGCCGGUAUCUCAGGUGGACACAUUAACCCUGCGGUGACUUUUGGGUUGUUUUUGGCCCGUAAAGUGUCUUUCAUUAGGGCUGUGGCUUACAUGGUGUCACAGUGCUUGGGUGCUAUAUGUGGAGUUGGGUUGGUUAAAGCUUUCAUGAAGCAUCCAUACAACUCCCUUGGUGGUGGUGCAAACACCGUGGCUUCUGGCUACAACAAGGGAACUGCCUUGGGAGCUGAGAUUAUUGGAACUUUCGUACUUGUCUACACUGUUUUCUCAGCCACCGACCCCAAGAGAAGUGCCCGUGACUCCCACGUCCCUGUAUUGGCUCCCCUUCCAAUAGGGUUCGCAGUGUUCAUGGUUCACUUGGCUACCAUCCCCAUCACCGGUACUGGUAUUAACCCUGCAAGGAGUUUCGGUGCUGCUGUAAUCUACAAUAACGACAAAGCCUGGGAUGAACACUGGAUUUUCUGGGUUGGUCCAUUUGUUGGAGCACUUGCAGCAGCUAUAUAUCAUCAGUACAUCCUUAGAGCAGCAGCUAUCAAAGCUUUGGGAUCCUUCCGCAGCAACCCCACCAACUAAAAAAAAAUCAACCCAAAUAGCUUUGUCUCCACUUCACUCUUUUUCUAUUUUCUCCAUUUGUUCGUUUGUGUGUAUGAGAAGAUUAUUAUGAAUGAUGAAUGAUGAUGAUGACCCUUUCCUUUUUA